UAAUUGUUGUCAACGAGGGAGCGAAAAUGGGCCUUGGAGAACAAGCCUAUGGCGCUGUGUCUAGUAAUCCACCUCGUGUCCUGUUUAUAGUGAGUUGGUAUGCAUUGGGAAUCGCUUUCCUCUACAUUCGUUUUUCUGUCAUGCAUGGAGAAGAUCUGAAGGAUGAUGGAGCAGCCAGAGCAUGGAAUAAACAUCUAGGAAUCUUGUCUGAUCCUCAAAAUACAAUUUGUCUUUAUAAGCCUCAAACCGGGGAGCCAACUCAGCAUCAAAUUUCCGAAAUCAUUAAAUCCAAGAACACAAAACAAAUGUGCACAGAGUGGAAAGUUACAUUUCAAGUUCAAUCUGAUAAACUUAAAGACCUCAAAGACAAGACCUACUCUACACGGUUGAAUAUGUUUCACAUCUGCCAACGCAACAGCAGCGUGUGUGAUCCUAUUGUUGGUGACGCCACAAACAUAUUUGUCAUCAUUAGGUAUAAUGAUUGUCAGGGCAGAAAGAAAUGUUCAGUCUGUCUUGUAGUGCAAUCAGAAAACAUCACAAAGACAUUCAAUGAACAAAGUGCCUCUCCUGUGCCCUGCAAACUUAAUUUUACAAACACAAAGGCUGAGUUACUCCGUGGAGAGAGCACAAAUAAAGGAGAAUCAUGUGCUUCAACAAGUGCCAAUAAAAAAGCACCCUUUUUAUUACUUACACCAAGUAUUUUGCACAAAUUGGACCCAUUACCAACAGUCAAUGCAACCCCUGCGUUCAGACAGCGAUCUGAACGUCGAAGCCUGUAUGCCAGCAUUCUUUCAUUUUCUGUCGCUGUCCUUCUGUCGCUCUUCGCUGUCCUAUUACACAAGCCUGACUCUCAAGUGUCAAAGGUCGAAGAAGGAGCAGAUGAGCAACUCAUAGACAAUAACUAAUCAAGAAAACAUGCAACAAACUCUUCGCAAAGUCAGUAGUCAGACGUAGCCUAUGUAUCCAUGUUGUUAUUCAAUUGCUGUUUCAUAGAGAGAGACAUCAGCUAAUCGUUACAAUUAAUCUAUCAUUGUUUGAAGCCAGUUAGAGCCAUUGAUGAGUUUUGUUGUUGCAA